CUCAUUUCUUAGUCUCUGCUGAUGUGGGCAGACCCUGCAGCCAGGGCCUCACGCUCAGGGAGAUGCUGGUGACCUGGAUCCUGCCGAUGGUUUUCUGGCUCUGGGUGCCCAACACUGCCUCCUCCUCGGCCACUGCCACAUCCACAUCAUCAGGGAUGACAACAACAGAUUACCCAAAAAUUACUAGCACCACAGUCUCUGAAAAAUCCACCACAACUUCUGGUCCGUUUAAAUCUUCAGUCUCUUCUACAAGUCCCCUCAUCACUGUACUGGGGAGUUCCACCAACACUUCUGCUCGGACUGAACCCACAGUGUCUUCUGAGGCUUCUUCCACCACAGUCACUGGAAGUUCCACCACUACAUCAGUUCAGUCAGAAUCCACAGUGUAUUCUGAGAGCCCCCACACCAUAUCUAGUCAGUCUGAAUCCACAGUCUCUACUGAGUGGUCCCCCACCACAGGCGCUGGGAGCUCCACCACCACAUCAGUUCUGUCAGAACCCACAGUGUCUUCUGAGAGUUCCCACACAACAUCUGAUCAGUCAGAAUCCACAGUCUAUUCUGAUGCUUCUCCCACCACAGUCCCUGGGACUUCUAUCACCACAUCUGGUCAGUCUCAAUCUACAGUCUCUACUGAGUGGUCCCCCACCACAGGCCCUGGGAUCUCCACCACCACAUCAGUUCUGUCAGAAUCCACAGUAUAUUCUGAGAGUUCCCACACCAUAUCUGGUCAGUCUGAAUCCACAGUCUCUACUGAGUGGUCUCCCACCACAGGCCCUGGGAGCUCCACCACCACAUCAGUUCUGUCAGAAUCCACAGUGUCUUCUGAGAGUUCCCACACAACAUCUGAUCAGUCUGAAUCCACAGUCUCUUCUGACGCUUCUCCCACCACAGUCCUUGGGUCUUCUAUCACCACAUCUGGUCAGUCUCAAUCCACAGUCUCUACUGAGUGGUCCCCCACCACAGACGCUGGGAGCGCCACGACCACAUCAGUUCUGUCAGAAUCCACAGGGUCUUCUGAGAGUUCCCACACCACAUCUGAUCAGUCUGAAUCCACAGUCUCUCCUGAUGCUUCUCCCACCACAGUCCUUGGGGCUUCUAUCACCACAUCUGGUCAGUCUCAAUCCACAGUCUCUACUGGGUGGUCCCCCACCACAGACGCUGGGAGAUCCACGACCACAUCAGUUCUGUCAGAAUCCACAGGGUCUUCUGAGAGUUCCCACACAACAUCUGAUCAGUCAGAAUCCACAGUCUAUUCUGACACUUCUCCCACCACAGUCCCUAGGGCUUUUAUCACCACAUCUGGUCAGUCUGAAUCUACAGUCUCUUCUGAGGCUUCUCCCACCACAGUCCUUGGGAGCUUCACCACCACAUCAGAUCUGUCAGAAUCCACAGUGUCUUCUGUGAGUUCCCACACCACAUCUGAUCAGUCUGAAUACACAGUCUCUUCUGAGGCUUCUUCCACCACAGUCACUGGAAGCUCCACCACUACAUCAGUUCAGUCAGAAUCCACAGUAUAUUCUGAGAGUUCCCACACCACAUCAGGUCGGUCUGAAUCCACAGUCUCUUCUGAAGGUUUCCCCACCACAGUCCUUGGGAGCUUCACCACCACAUCAAUUUGGUCAGAACCCACAGUGUCUCCUGAGAGUUCCCACACCACAUCUGGUCAGCCUGAACCCACAGUCUCUUCUGAGGCAUCUCCCACCACAGUUACUGGAAGCUCCACCACUACAUCAGUUCAGUCAGAAUCCACAGUAUAUUCUGAGAAUUCCCACACCAUAACUGGUCAGUCUGAAUCCACAGUCUCCACUGAGUGGUCCCCCACCACAGUUACUGGAAGCUCCACCACUACAUCAGUUCUGUCAGAACCCACAGUGUCUCCUGAGAGUUCCCACACCACAUCUGGUCAGCCUGAAUCCACAGUCUCUUCUGAGGCAUCUCCCACCACAGUUACUGGAAGCUCCACCACUACAUCAGUUCAGUCAGAAUCCACAGUAUAUUCUGAGAGUUCCCACACCAUAACUGGUCAGUCUGAAUCCACAGUCUCUACUGAGUGGUCCCCCACCACAGGCCCUGGGAUCUCCACCACCACAUCAGUUCUGUCAGAACCCACAGUGUCUUCUGAGAGUUCCCACACCACAUCUGGUCAGCCUGAAUCCACAGUCUCUUCUGAGGCAUCUCCCACCACAGUUACUGGAAGCUCCACCACUACAUCAGUUCUGUCAGAACCCACAGUAUAUUCUGUGAGUUCCCACACCAUAUCUGCUCAAUCUGAAUCCACAGUCUCUACUGAGUGGUCCCCCACCACAGGCCCUGGGAUCUCCACCACCACAUCAGUUCUGUCAGAAUCCACAGUGUCUUCUGAGAGUUCCCACACCAUAUCUGGUCAGUCUGAAUCCACAGUCUCUACUGAGUGGUCCCCAACCACAGGCCCUGGGAUCUCCACCACCACAUCAAUUCUGUCAGAACCCACAGUGUCUCCUGAGAGUUCCCACACCACAUCUGAUCAGUCUGAAUCCACAGUCUCUUCUGACGCUUCUCCCACCACAGUCCCUGGGACUAUUUUCACCACAUCUGGUCAGUCUGAAUCCACAGUCUCUUCUGAGGCAUUUCCCACCACAGUUACUGGAAGCUCCACCACUACAUCAGUUCAGUCAGAAUCCACAGUAUAUUCUGAGAGUUCCCACACCACAUCAGGUCGGUCUGAAUCCACAGUCUCUUCUGAAGGUUUCCCCACCACAGUCCUUGGGAGCUUCACCACCACGUCAGUUCGGUCAGAAUCCACAGUGUCUCCUGAGAGUUCCCACACCACAUCUGAUCAGUCAGAAUCCACAGUCUCUUCUGACGCCUCUCCCACCACAGUCACUGGAAGCUCCACCACUACAUCAGUUCAGUCAGAAUUCACAGUGUAUUCUGAGAGCUCCCACACCAUAUCUAGUCAGUCGGAAUCCACAGUCUCUACUGAGUGGUCCCCCACCACAGGUGCUGGGAGCUCCACCACCACAUCAGUUCUGUCAGAACCCACAGUGUCUUCUGAGAGUUCCCACACAACAUCUGAUCAGUCAGAAUCCACAGUCUAUUCUGACACUUCUUCCACCCCAGACCCUGGGGCUUUUAUCACCACAUCUGGUCAGUCUGAAUCCACAGUCUCUUCUGAGGCUUCUCCCACCACAGUCACUGGAAGCUCCACCACUGCAUCAGUUCUGUCAGAAUCCACAGUAUAUUCUGAGAGUUCCCACACCGUAUCUGGUCAGUCUGAAUCCACAGUCUCUACUGAGUGGUCCCCCACCACAGUCACUGGAAGCUCCACCACUACAUCAUUUCUGUCAGAAUCCACAGUGUCUUCUGUGAGUUCCCACACCACAUCUGAUCAGUCUGAAUCCACAGUCUCUUCUGAGGGUUCUCCCACCACAGUCUCUGUAAGUUUUCUCUCCACAUCUGGUCAGCCUGAAUCCACAGUCUCUUCUGAGGGUUCCCCCACCACCAUCCCUGGAAGCUCCACUACUGCUGGUUGGUCUGAGUCUACUGUCACUUCUGAUGGUUCCCUCACUAUAAUCCCUUGGACCUCCACCACCACAUCUGCUUGGUCUGAUUAUACAGUCUCUUCAGGGAGUUCCCACACCACAUCUGGUCAGUCUGAAUCCACAGCCUCUUCUGAGAGUUUCCUUACCACAGUGCUUGGGAGUUUCCCCACUAUAUCCAGUGUGUCUGAAUCCACAGUGUCUAUUGAGGAUUCCGAUACCACAGUCCCUGGAAUUUUUCUCACCACAUAUGGUCAGACUGAAUCUACAGUCUCCUCUGAGGGUUCCCACACCACAGUCCCUUGGAGCUCCACCACUACUACUGGUUUGCCUGAAUCUACAUUCUCUUCUGUGGGUUCCCUCACCACAGUUCUUUGGAGUUCCACUACCACAUCUGAUCUCACUUCAUCUACAGUGUCUUCUGACAAUUUCCACACCACAUCUGGAAAGUCUGAAUUCACUGUCUUUUCAGAGGACUCCCUCACGACAGGGCUUGGGAGUUCCCCCACUCUUUCUGUUCAGUCAGAAUCCACAAUCUUUUCUGAGAGUUUCCAUUCAACAAUCUCUGGGAGCUUAACCACCACAUCUGGUCGGUUUGAAUCAACAGUCUCUUCUCAGGGUGCCCACACCACAGCCCCUGGGAGCUCCACCUUUACUUCUGUUCAGUCUGAAUCUAUAGUCUCUUCUGAGGGUUCCCUCAUCACAAUUCCUUUGAGCUCUGUCAGCACAUCUGGUCAGUCUGAAUAUACAGUCUCUUCUGAGAACCCCCACACCACAUCUGGUCAGUCAGAAUCCACAGUCUCUUCAGAGGGUUCCCACACCACAUCUCAUCAGUCUGAAUUCACAGUCUCUGUGGAGGGUUCUCACACAACAUCCGGUCAGUCUGAAUCCACAAUCUUUUCUGAAGGUUCCCACACUACAGUCCUUGGGAGCUCCACCAUUACUUCUGGUCAGUCUGAGUCUACUGUAUCUGCUGAGGGUUCCCUCUCCACAGUCUCUUGGAAUUCUUCCACCUCUGUUUGGUCUGAAUCCAUAGUCUUUUCGGAGAGUUCCCACACCACGUCUGGUCAUUCUGAAUCCACAGUCUCUUCUGAAGGUUCCCUUACCACAGUCCUUGGGAGUUCCCCCACUCCUUCUGUUCAGUCAGAAUCCACUGUCUAUUCUGAGGGUUCCCACACUACAGUUCCUGGGAACUUUAUCACCACAUCUUCUCAGUCUGAAUCUAUCGUCUCUCUGGAUGGUUCCCAUGCCACAGUUUCCAUGCCCUACCCAACCAUUUCUAGUCUGUCUAAAUCCACAGUCUCCUCUGAGGAUUCCCAUACCACAUUCCCUGGGAGCUCCACCACUUUAUCUGGUGAGUCUGACUUCACAGUGUCUUCUGAGGGUUCUCUCACCACAGUCCUUUGGAGUUCCCCCACUACUUCUGGUGGGUCUGAAUCCUCAGUCUCUUCUGAGAGUUCCUACACCACAGUCCCUGGGAGCACCAUCACCACAUCUGGUCCGUCUGAAUCCACAGUCUCUUCUGAGGGUUCCUACACAACAGCUGGUCAGUCUGAAUCCUCAGUGUCUUCUUCAGGUUCCCCCACCAUGGUACCUGGGAGCUCUACCACUACUGGUCUGUCUGAAUCCACAGUGUCUUCUGAUGGUUCCCAUACCACAAUUCCCAUGUCCUCCCCAACCAUUUCUGGUCUGUCUGAAUUCACCGUGUCUUCUGAGGGUUCCCAUACCACAAUUCCCAUGUCCUCCUCAACCAUUUCUGGUCUGUCUGAAUUCACCGUGUCUUCUGAGGGUUCCCUCACCACACACCCUGGGAGUUUUGCCACUACUUCUGGGUGGUCUGCAUCUAGUGUUUCUUCUGAGAGUUCCCACACAGGAGUUGCUGGGAGCUCUACAGCCCCAUCUAGCACUGGAGAGACACUUUCCAGCUCAUCUGGUUCAGUACAGUCUACCACUUUUGUCACUCAGAAAUCCACAGAUCGCAACACCAUAUCUGAUUUUUCUCAAGUCACGGACUUACCUACAUCGACAAUUUCUCAAGAGAAUGGAAGUCCUGUGUCCACUUCAAGUCCAGCUGAGUCUAUUACCUCCUCCACUGGUGAUGAAGAAAGGACCACAUAUUCUACUCCUGAAGCCACUGUGUCUACCAUAGUCUUAGCACCAUCAACACAUACAGUCUCCUCUGACACCUCAACAAUUUAUAUACCUUCAAACUCUGAGGGACUUUCUACCACCACCUCCAGCACUGGACUCAGUACAGCAAUUACUGAGAUGUCCUCUGUCCUUUCAACCAUUUCUGAAUCUUCUAUGUCAACUUCCUAUCCCAGCCAUGGUAGUAGCCUAGCUUCCUCUUCAAUUCCCAGCCUGCUGUCUACCACCCUCUCUGUCUCCACACAGACAAUCACAGGCCUCACAGAGGAACUCACUCUUGCUACUUCCACCCCUGAUUCAUCAAAACCGACAGGCACCUUGAACAGCACUGUUGCUGUAGGGAAUGAAAUUUCUGCUUCCACAUCAAGGCCUGGAGAAUCCUUAACCACUUCCGUUGGAGACGGACACAUGACCACAUCUUCUUCUCUGGGAUCCACUCUCUACACCAGCUCCUCAGAUGGGUCCAUGCCAUCAUUCUCUACCCAUUCUUUGUACAGUACAAACAGUGCAAGUCCUUCCUCAUCAAGCCCCAGUGAGAUCUCCACCCACACUGUGGUCUCACAAUAUACCACCAUGACUGCCAAAGAGGAGUCGACUUCUGGCUUUUCUUCUCCUGUGUCCUCCACUUCACCUGGCUCCACUGGUGUUCCAGUCCCUGGAUUCAGCACCACUUCAACCCCACAUCCACCAUUCACUAGUACACAGACAACUAUGAGGACAACCCACUCUUCAACUACGACACCAUUGCAGUGCUACAAUGGGGCCACUUGGAACGGAAAAAAAUGUGUCUGUGCCAAAGGCUACUCUGGUUACCAGUGUAAAUACCCCAAGGAAUCCUUCCCCAUAGAAACCCCCCAAAAAAUCAAUGCCACUGUAGACCUGCGUGUGAAAGUGACUAACAGGGAUUUCACAGAUGACCUAAAUGACAAAUCCUCCGAUGCAUACAAGAACUUCGUUCAAGUAUUCAAGAGUCGGAUGGAUAAAGUUUACAGGGACAAAAACUUUCCCCAAUACAGAGGCGUGAAUGUCACAAGACUGCGUCCUGGCAGCGUCGUGGUGGAACACGAACUCAUCAUGGAGGCCAACUACACUUCAGGGUACCUGGAGCUGUUCGAAAACCUCACUAAGAUUGUAAGGGCCAAGAUUAUGAAUGAGACUGGACAGCUACAUGGGAAUUCUGAAGACUGCAAAAACCUCUCACUCCUGUGCUACGAUGAGACGGACACCAUCGUGAACCCCGUGAAGAUCAACUUUGACCUGCAAGAGCAAUGCACUAAGAAUGCUGCAGAGGAAUUAGCCCAGUUCUACUACGUGGAUGAGCUGGAUGGGAAGCUGGCCUGUGUGAACAAGUGUACCCCAGGGACGAAGUCGGAAAUGGACUGUCACCACGGCAGGUGCCAGCUGCAGCAAAGCGGCCCCCGUUGUCUAUGCCUGAACUCAGACACACACUGGUACUCGGGGGAGACCUGUGAAUCCAGCACCAGCAAGAGCAUGGUAUAUGGGGUCGUGGGGGCCGUGGCAGCACUCCUGGUGAUCUUGGUGGUGGUCCUGAUCUUCUUACUCAGCCGAUCCCAGAGAAAACUGCACAGCAGGCAAGAGUACGACAUGUCUCGAGAGUGGCAAGAUGCAGGCUACCCUGGCAGUUUUGAGAACACAAGCGUCUGGGAAGGUCAGGAUCUGAAGGGGGACACGUUUGGCCUUGAAAACAUCUACAGAAACUUCCAGCCCUCCCUGAGAAGUGUGGACCCCACUACAGAGCUCCACAUUCAGAGGCCCACAGUGGUGACGGCUGCUCAGUGAUGGGGACGGGACUGCCACCCCUCACUCAGAUCCGGGUGAUGAGGCUGCGGCCAACAGAGGCCUCCGCCGGCCCCAGGCUGCCAAGAGGAACCUGAAGUCUGGAGUCGUCGGGCCCGAGGAUGGCCCUCUCCAAGUGAGCGGGCUGGCCCUGUCCUCACUGCUGUGAACACUGCUCCCUUGCCCUCCAGCCAGGAGCCCCGAGGCGUCUUGUUUACUCAAACUGUUUACUCCACCUGUGACAACCGUGCAGGAAUUUCCUGCCAAUAAAGGAACAAGUUUUAUAGA